GGACUCCGGAUUCAUCCGGUGUUUCCGUUGUUCCCAGAAUAGAACUUGUCCGAUGUAGGGCCUUCACAACUUUUUCAUCCAGACACACCUCUCUCACUUUUCCCAAACAAAAAUGCUAGCUCACCGGUCGAUUGUUGAUGUUGCGCAGGGCGCAUUCAGGUCCGCCCAGCCAUUCAGACGGUAUGCUUCUGCCUCCCCGACUGCUGCUUUUGCUGGGCACAAGGGUAGCAAUGGCAAAUACACUGUGACUUUAAUUCCCGGAGACGGUAUUGGCCCAGAGAUCAGUGAAUCAGUCAAGGACAUCUACGCUGCUGCAAAUGUCCCCAUCGAAUGGGAAGAAGUCAGCGUGACUCCCGUUUUGAAAGGUGGGAAAACGGUUAUUCCAGACGCUGCAAUUCACUCUGUAAAGAAGAACACCGUUGCGCUGAAAGGACCGCUGGCAACUCCAAUUGGCAAGGGCCACGUCUCUCUGAACUUGACCCUGCGUCGGACGUUUAAACUCUUUGCGAACGUCCGUCCGUGCGUUUCGAUCAAGGGCUUUAAGACUCCUUAUGACAACGUUAACACCGUUUUGAUUCGGGAAAACACCGAGGGAGAGUACUCGGGUAUUGAGCACGAGAUUGUGGAUGGGGUGGUCCAGUCCAUCAAACUCAUCACAUGGGACGCCUCUGAGCGCGUUGCUCGUUAUGCGUUCCAUUAUGCACAGGCUAGCGGAAGGAAGCGAGUCACGGCUGUCCACAAGGCCAAUAUCAUGAAAAUGUCGGAUGGCAUGUUUUUGUCCGCUUGCCGGGAAGUUUCGAAGGACUUCCCGGAUAUCGCCUACGAUGAAGACCUUUUGGAUCGUGUCUGCCUACAGAUUGUGCAGAAUCCCCAACCUUACUCCAACCGGGUCAUGGUGAUGCCUAAUCUCUAUGGUGAUAUUUUGUCGGACAUGUGCGCUGGAUUGAUUGGUGGCCUUGGCUUGACACCUUCGGGCAACAUUGGUCGUGAUGCAUCGAUUUUCGAAGCCGUGCACGGAUCGGCUCCCGAUAUUGCAGGGAAGGGAUUAGCUAAUCCUACUGCUCUCCUUCUAUCUUCUCUGAUGAUGCUGAGACACAUGAACUUGAAUGAGCAUGCUGCCAAGAUCGAAGAGGCUGCCCUUAGCACGAUCGCAGAGGGUAAGACGAUUACAGGGGAUCUGGGUGGGAAGGCCUCGACUAUGGAGUACACGGGUGCGAUCAUCAACAAGCUCACUAAGGCAUGAUCGUUCCCGUGGAGGGGUUUCGAGAUUUAUAGACAGAUAGACCGUAUUUCUACCAAUACCAGAUAAUUGGGAUCGGCUCUCCAAUUUGCUUCGGUCCCUUGCUUCCGCUGCCGACUUGGGCUGCGUGGGAAAUAGUAGCCUGCGGAUGUGAUAGGAAAAUGAACUCAGUGA